AUGAGUCUAGUAAGUGAACACAGCAGUCAGGAUAGCUGCUGGAUGGUACUGCACGGAAAGGUAUACGACAUCACUUCUUUUGUGCCGAAACAUCCAGGGGGGAGGAGCAUUCUCCUGAAAAAUGCUGGGCGCGACGCGUCGGUUGCUUUCGACUCGGUUCACCCCGUUGAGUUAUUAGACGAGUAUCUCACGCCUGACCAACUCCUAGGCGAGGUUCACUCCGGAGACAUGGCUGCCGACAGAGGGACGCGGGAUUAUAAGUCCGCCUCGCGGCCUGAGCAUAAGCCUAUGACGCCGCCAGAGGCCCCUUCGCCGUCCGCGGCGCCGACCGAAGUGCCACCCCUAGAGUCCAUCUUGAGCAUAGACGAGAUCGAGUCUUACGCGAUGCAGCGUCUGUCGCCGAAGGCGAUAUCGUACUACGCGUCCGCGACGGACGACGAGAUCACCAAGGCGGAGAACAACCGCAUCUACCGCUCGAUCCUGCUGCGGCCGCGGGUCUUCGUGGACUGCACCGAGUGCUCGCUCGCGACUACGAUCUUGGGCAACUCGGUCGGCAUGCCGGUCUACGUGUCGCCGGCGGCGAUGGCGCGCCUCGCGCACCCGGCGGGCGAGGCCGGGAUCGCGAGGGCGUGCUCGCGGUUCGGCGCGCUGCAGAUCAUCAGCAAGAACGCGUCGCUGUCACCGGGCGCCAUCGUCGGCAGCGGCGGCGGCCCCGGCGCCGUCUUCGGCUGGCAGCUGUACGUGCUCAAGGACCUGGCGGCGACGGAGCGGACGCUCGCGCAGAUCCGCCGCAUCCCCGAGAUCCGGCUCCUCGUUCUGACGCUCGACGCCCCGUUCCCGGGGAAGCGCGAGGCCGACGAGCGCUUCAAGCGCGCCGAGGUCGCCGCCGGCGCCCCGCCCCAGGCCUGGGGCACGGAGUCCGCGCUCACCUGGCGCAGGACGCUGGCCUGGCUCACCCGCCACACGACCCUGCCCAUCGUGCUCAAGGGCGUCCAGACCCACGAGGACGCGUACGCGGCGACGCUGUUCCCCGCCGUCAAGGGUAUCAUCGUCUCGAACCACGGCGGCCGCGCGCUCGACACCGCGCCCACCCCCGUCCAGGUCCUGCUGGAGAUCCGGAAGUUCUGCCCCCAGGUCUUCAGCAGCCUCGACGUGCUCGUCGACGGCGGCAUAAAGCGCGGAACAGAUGUGGUCAAAGCCCUAGCUUUGGGGGCCAAGGGUGUGGGCAUCGGCCGAGCCGCCCUGUACGGACUCGCGGUUGGGGGAGAGGAGGGUGUCGAGAGGGUGCUCAAGAUCCUCGCAGACGAGACGAUGACGGCGAUGAGGCUUCUCGGCGUGAAGAACGUGUCUGAAUUAGGCCCGCAACAUAUCAAUGUUAACGCUUUAACAUCGAGACUCUUCGAUGGACCCCCGGGCCUCGAGAUAAUCGACAGAGAGCACCGGGCUAAGUUGUAG